CUAUCAUAACUUUGAAUCUACAUUACAUAUAGAAUCACCUAACAUAAGAAACCUUUUUUCACUCAAAAAUAUUUAAAAAAUAGAGUAGCUAGGGUAAGAAAUUAUAGAGGAACUUCACCAGUGAACAAAAUAAUACACUCUAGUUAUGUAACUCUUGUUUUUAUAACCUCCAUCUAUAAAUUAGCUAUAUAUAAGAAUAAAUUGAGAAAUUAUUAAAAAAAAUGUCCUUGAUUGACAAUCUGAUAUUUAAGUCAGCCAAAUUAAAAUAUAUUGGUUUCAAUCCAAUACUUUUGGAAAGGAACCUUAAGGAGUAUUCAUAGGUUUAGUAAUAACAUCCACGUAGUUUUUGAAGAGUGAUGAUCUAAAUAUGACAUGAUUAAUAGAGUAAAUAUCUUGAAAGUACGAGAUGUCUAGUGCAGCUCUCUGCUAACCCUUUUUGCAAUUGGUAACCAGUCUUGAAAUUAGAGAUCCCACUUCAGAUGUCCGAGAUCAAUGACCUCUGACGUAUCAUUACACAGAAAGUAACUCCUAGUCAUGAGCACUACAAAAAUACAUGCAAUUAUAUAUUCCUACGGUCCUACCGAUCAAACCAUCUACUCGAAAUAAAACAGUUGCGCCAACCUGAACCAGCCUCCAUCUACUACUCAACUUCCUGAACUAUAUAAUUCAAGCAUGCCACGGGACUUAGUUAUUCUGCAUUAGUACUGCAUAUAAUAUCUUCAAACCGCUCUAAUUAUUCUUAUAUUAUUUUUUUAGUGGUUUGGUAUUCUGAUAUUACUUUUUAAGUGGUUUGGUAUAGAUGAACAUGGUUGAACUGGAUGAUGAUAAUUAUGAGAGGUGGAGUAUUUGCAUGAGAAGCUAUUUGGUCUCUAAAGAUCUUUGGAAAGCUAUUGAAUUGAGUGAGAGGCCUUCUGGAGUAGAUGAAACGGAAUGGAUUAAAACGGAUGCUGCCGCUCUGCAUGCAAUUCAAAUUUCAUGCGGAGAAGAGAGUUUUGAAGAGAUAAAGCAUUUCAAUUCAGCCCAUUGUGCUUGGAAUAAGUUGGCCCAUUGUGCUUCGAAUAAAUUGGCCCAAAUGCAUAAAAAUGAAUACGAUUCUGCGUCUGAAUGUGGAACAGUGGAGUUACCUAAUACUCAAAUCCUAAGUGACCAAUCAGAAGAAGAAGAAGGAGAAGAAGGAGAGGAAGGAGAAGAAGGAGAAGAAGAAGGAGAAGAAGGAGAGGAAGGAGAAGAAGGAGAAGAAGGAGAGGAAGGAGAAGAAGGAGAAGAAGGAGAAGAAGAAGCGAUACCACACUCGAAUAGGACUGGUCCGACUCAAGAAUUGGAAGAUGCCAUUGUGAAUGGAAAUGUAGCUAUUGUGAGGGAACUUAUACCACGUGCCAACGAUGAUGGGAUGGUGUCAGCUCUUCAACUUGCGGCCUAUCUUGGCCAGACAAAAAUUGUCGAAGCAUUGCUGGGUUGCAUGUCCAGUAAUCAGACAGGAAAAAAAAAUAAAGUCGACGGCUCUACAGCUCUUUCGCUUGCUGCUUUGGCUGGAAGGACUGAAAUUGCAAAAUGCUUAGUUGGAAAGAAUGAGAAUUUGCUCACUAUCACUGAUGGACAUGGCUAUAUCCCGCUUGUAGCGGCAUGUAGUGCAGGGUAUAAGGAAGUGGCACGCUACCUCUAUUUUGCCACUCCAUUCUCUCUCCUUCUCCCUGAAAAUGGGGAUCAAGGGUACAUGUUUCUUGCUACGAGCAUCCAUCACAAAAUAUAUGAUAUUGCAUUGCUUGCACUCCAUCGUUGUCCAGAUAUGAUGACUAAGGGAACGAAAUUGGCUCCAUUGAUGGAAUUGACCCGAACACCGUCGGAAUUUUUCACCGGAAGUAAGCUGAGAUUUUGGCAACAAUGGAUCUAUUACUGCUUAAGUGUAAAGAAACCUUCUGUUUCUUCCUCUAAUGACUAUCAAAUUACUAUUGAUCCCGAAGUCCUGCAGGAAGCCAUGGGGCCAGAAAUAAAGCGAAUAUACGAUCUCAAGUUGACUCAUGUCCUUGCCCGUGAGACUCAACGUCUCAUGUGUAAGCAAAUAUCAACUUGGGGAAUUGAAUCCUAUAAGGAUGAAGUGGCAGCGGCAACCUUCGAAGCAAUUGCGAGUGGCAAGGUUGAUUUUGUAGUCGAAAUGAUGAAAUUUAAUCCACGUAGGCUAACUACAGUCAAGGAUGGCAUAGGAAGGAACAUUCUUCUGGCCGCAAUCGCAUUUCGCCAGGAAGAAAUUGCUAAAUUUAUAUAUGAAAGCAACGCAUCCAAGUCACUUAUCGGUCAGUAUGAUAAUUACUUGAACAGUCUGUUACAUGUCGCAGGACAAAUGGCUCCUUCUGUUCAAUUACAUGGCAUGUCUAGUCCUGCUCUACAAAUGCAAAAGGAGGUACAAUGGUACAAGGAGGUUGAGAACAUUAGUGUUUAUUCUAAGGAAACAAUAAAUGUUUACGGUCUUACUCCUCACAAAGUUUUCACUUCGGAACACAAGCAAUCACUCUUUGCUGCGGACAAAUGGAUGAAGUUCACAGCAGGUUGUUAUACAGUUGUGGGUACUCUAAUAAUUACCAUAAUGUUUGCAGCAGCAUUUACCAUUCCAGGAGGGAACAAUCAAGAGACAGGUCUUCCCUUAUUCAUAAACAGAAAAGCGUUUAAAAUAUAUAUGAUAUUCGAUGCAGUUUCCUUAUGUUCUGCAUCUACUUCGGUCGUGACAUUUUUGGGAAUCCUCACGUCUAGUUAUAACAUUGAAGAUUUCGAUAAAUAUGCACCUACAAAGUUGAUCGUUGGCCUUUCCAGCCUUUUUAUCUCUGUUGCCGCAAUGAUGACAGCUUUUUGCUUGGCUCUUUUGCUCAUGCUACAAAGACGAUGGUGGAUACUAAUUCCUUGCAUGUUACUUGCGGGCAUGCCGGUCACCUUGUUUGUGUUGUUGCAAUUUCCACUUCUUGUUGAGAUUUUUAAUUUGACUUACUGCAGAUCACCUAUUUUUCUUAGGAAAAGAUCCGUGACAUAAAAAGCAUGCUUCCCAAAGAAGAUAAUGUAAGUCAUUGUUAGUCUAUGUAGUAGUCUAUGUAGCAACUGAAUUUUAGUUAUAUGCUUGGUUGUAAUAAUUUUCAUCCUGCAGUUCUCUGUUGGACAUGGUACUUUAAAGGCACAAUUUGUUUUCAGUCAUGUAAUUUGUGUCACAAUGAAUUCUAGUUUCAUGUGUGAUAAUUUUAAUCCUG